CCGGUGACCGAUGACUGAGCACACACCACUCAUUACCACAGCGUUAAGCAUCAAUCCUUUCCGGCCGCACCUUCAAUCUUCAAAGCACCUUACCAAGAAAUGGCCAUGGCUGCCAAAACCACCUUAUCCUCAUGCUUUACGUUCCUAAAGGAAGCGCUGAUCCUCCCCACGCUAAACCCCAAGCUCUUCGCGCCCGUGCUCCUCCUCUUUGCCGUCACGGCCUUCCUUGACCCCUUGGUCGAGGUCGUGUUCGUCCACCCUCUCGCUGAUGGCAUGGCCAGCCGUCUCACCGAGAUCAGCAACACUGACCCCUCGAGCCCCGAGCACGCCAAGCUCAUGGAGAAGUUGAUGGAGACGGAGGAGGUAAAGCAGGUUGGUAAGAGGAUGGUCCGCAUCACCAUCGCCCACCUGACCGUCGGUCCGGCGGUCGGCCUCGUCAAGCAGAUCAUCGCCCUCUUCGCUGCCUCCACGACCUACUCCGGCGACCGCUACUCGCUGGCCGAGCUCCUGCGCGAGCUGGUCAAGGGGAGGAUCAGCCCGAAGGGCGCUUCCAUCACCAUCGCUAUCGUCGGUGCGCUUGACUUCGCAUCUUCCAUCGCCAUGUUCUUGAUGCGCGCCGGCUUGGGGGUGCUCUCCGUCCAGGGUCUCGUCUCGCACCUCGCAUACCUCGUCUCCCUCUGCUUCACCGUCGUCGCGCUGGUGGGCGUCGCCGCGUCGGCGGUCGACAGGAAGUGCCGCGGCGUGCGCGCGCUCCGGCAGGCGUGGCGGCUCGUGACGCGGGUGAGAAGGAAGGAGGGGUUCGUGCUUGUGCUCGUGGCAUACCUUGCGCCUGCCGUCGUCACUCCGUUGCGCAGGGCCGCUUUUGAGUAUGCCAACCGGAGCAUGGCGGCGUGCUUGUGCUUGCUGGCGGUGUGUGCUCUUCUUUCUGGGGCGCAGGAGCUCUUCUCUUUGGCGGCGGCCACGGUGUACUACUACCAAGCCAUGGAGAGCAAGGAGGUGAUCGAUGCCUUGUGGUUAUGCUAAGAUUAGAUUGGUUUCCGCACGACUCUCAUCAUGUCGUUUACUGCUAGCCCUAGAGAGAUGAGUUGAUUUCUCGUGUGAUAAUGAAAUAUGUGGAAUUAUAAGUGUAGCUCUGCUUGGGUACCAUGUACGCACAGUCUUCUUCAGAGACAUUCGAACAA